AAAUAAUUCACUGUAGAAAAUAGAGGUGACUGGAAUAGCUAAAGCUGCCAUGAGAUGCAUCUGUACUGGACUACUUGUUUUUGCCCUGACUUCUCAGAUGGUUGAUGCUACAUUAUCAAAGACAGAUACAAAAAAGACUACCUCAAAAAUCCUGGAAGAAAAGACUCACCAUUCAGACAAAACAGUGCAAGACCGUGGUCUAGUAAUCACAGACAUAAAGGCUAAAGAUAUUAUUCUGGAGCACAAGAGCUACUGUGCCAAAAAAGCAAAAGAGCCAUACUUAGGAAAUGUUCUGGGCUACAUUACACCUUGGAACAGCCAUGGCUAUGACAUUGCUAAAAUAUUUGGAAACAAAUUUACAACUAUCUCACCAGUCUGGCUGCAAGUGAAAAGAAGGGGCAAGGAGAAGUUCCAGUUCAUGGGACUCCAUGAUGCUGACCAAGGCUGGAUGAAAGAGGUCAAGAAGAAUGCCAAAAACAUCAAAAUAGUGCCAAGGGUUUUGUUUGAAGGCUGGACUUACCAAGACUUUGAAAGUGUCUUUGGCAGUGAAGAUGAAAUAGAAGAGCUUUCUAGUACAAUGGUUCAAGUGGCCAAGAAUGAAAAUUUUGAUGGCUUUGUAGUUGAAGUUUGGAGUCAGCUAGGAAAUCAAAAGCAGAUGGGUCUAAUUCACUUGCUUACCCACCUCUCGGAAGCACUGCAUCAAGCCCGACUUAAGCUAAUGCUUGUCAUCCCUCCUGCUGUCAUGCCAGGAACCGACCAGUUGGGAAUGUUCACAAAGAAAGAAUUUGAUCAACUAGCACCAAUAGUGGACAGCUUCAGCCUUAUGACAUAUGAUUAUUCAGCACCACAACGGCCUGGCCCUAAUUCUCCUUUGCCCUGGAUGCGAGCCUGUGUUCAAAUACUGGAUCCUGAAUCAAAAUGGAGAAGUAAAAUUCUUUUGGGGCUGAAUUUUUAUGGCAUGGACUACUCAGCUCUUGGUGCUUCUGGAGAACCAUUAAUUGGUAACAGGCAAGGCUUUUAGAGAAUAAGCUUUUUGAAAGCAUUACUAUCUUGUUUUUCAUUUGUAUAGAGAAAAACAUGAGAGGCUUCUAGCUGAAUGUCUGUUUGGUUUAAAUCAAUGUGAAAGCCAGCCCCUCCAUAGUCACCACCUGCCCCACCCAAGCUUUCUGGUCUUGUGGUUUGUUUAACUCUUUAGUCUUCCAAAGUUCUUUGACUUCCAAAACUUCCUUACAUGUCCAGCUUGCAUAUCAUCUUUCAUAUUUAUAGAUUCUAAUGCUUUUUCUCAGCUCUUUGUUCUUCUUGGUCUGUCAUCUUCAGCUACAUGUCACUUAUUGCCGUUUUUGCUCUGCAUGGCUCAUCAGUCUGUCUCCACCACCCCUAACCUCCUUCAAGUUCAAUCUCUUCAUCCUACUACUCCAUUGCCACUUCUUCAGCCAUCCUGCUUCUGUUUCCUAACUUCUCUACCCAGACAGCCUUUGCCACCUUUGGCCUCCCCUGGCCCACUAUACCUGCUCAUGACAUUCACAGGGUGAUGUGCAAAUGGAGAUGCAAAUAUGGCUUGGAAGGAAGUUCUGGCACUAAGGGGGGGGGGAAGGCUGUGGAAUCCUUAAUUCACAGCAAAAGAGCCUUAGAAGCUGUAGAGAAUUAUUUCUGCAGUGGAUGGAAUGAAACUUUACAUUUACUUCCAGCUGAAUAUCAGAGCACUGUUAGCAUGCCUACUUGUUAAAAUUCAUUAGCCAGAAGAUAUUUUAUUGUAGAAUGGGUUAAGAAGCCAUAUUUUGUGAACACAUCUGCUUUCUUUAAUAUGAGGCCCAGUACACUACUGUACCCUUGAGUUUAAGACUGCUCUUUCUUUGAAGUAUCUGUGCUUUGUCUACCUAGUUUAUCACAACUAACUACUAAAAAUUCUGUAACCAGCAUUAUGUAAAUGCACAAUCAUGUCCUUAAUUUGCAUGGUAUUUUGAUGGCAUACAUGAAACAUCCCAAAACUGGUUUUCCUGAUUGCAGAAUUUUAAAAAGUAGAACCUUUGCAGGUUUUCCUGUUAAGUAGAACAGCCUGUAAAUAUUUCCAUUGUGCAGUUUAGCACAUUAAACACUUCACAAAUUUGUGCAACUACAAAAGUGUUUCUUCUGUGCCAAUGAGGACAUUUAAAAUGUGUUCAAGACUUGCUCUGAAAUAAGGCUGUGAGUGUGUUCUUCUAACUCCUUUGAAAGAAUCUUGGGAGUCUUUUAUAUCCGUUUAUAUGCUGAAGAAGAUGUGAUGUAAUAAAUUGUCAGUUGAGAAACCUAAGAGAUUUGACAUUGAAUUCUACUCUUCAAAGACAAAGAUUCCUUAUAGAGUCUGAACAGAUUUAGAAUUCCACCGAGAGCUUUAUUGGCUGCCUGCCAUGCUGUAAAUAAUAGGCAAUAAAAAGUGAUACCUAGAAUGGCUAGAGGUGAGAUCUUCCCUGAAAAUUAUGCCGCUGAAGCAUGUUAAAGGGAUGGUUGCUGUGAUCUUGGGAAAGAGACAUUUUUAGGAGUGUCAGGGCUGUACUGCAAAAUUAUUCAGUGUGAUUUAAAGUACCCUGCCAGGUGGGGUGAUAAAGGUGCAUGUUCCAGGCAUGACUUGGACAGGUAAAUAAAAUGGAUCUCAAAGAUAAUGCAGUGGCAGUUUUAAAGAUAAUAGCAAACUAGGUUUGGUGAGGGCAGUUGGCUAGGUGGAGUGGUGUUUCCAUCUUUUCUCAUUCAUUUACUGCUCUCUGUCUUACAAGGCAAAGUAUGUAUAGGCACUGAAUACAACUAUUAAGGGUGGGGAGAAUUGUAUAGCUGCAGCUGUCAGGAUAUUAAUACUACAACUUCUGGGCUAGCUGUAUGUUGGAGUACCAGGACCAGUCUAUUUCAGUAGUUGGACUUUCAACAACCAUAUCUCAAAGGUGUGAGGUUAUCUUUAAUUAACCUCAGAUUUUGUUAAUCACUCUGGGAGUGGUGCGUGUACUGUAUAAUAAACCAAUGGUAAAGUUUGUUUUGUA